GAAAAAUUGGUUGGAAGGAAUUCGGGAUGUGUCUCACCGGGAACCGAAGGAGGAUUGUUGUGUAUGCAAGUUGGUUGUAUUGCGCGAAGAAGCCCAUGGCUCACCGUCCUACAAAAUUGGUGAAACAGAGCUGAGCUUUCGUCUGUACUUUCACAGACAUCACCAGGGCAGGAAGCCAUACUUCAAAAGGUGGAGCAAAAAUACUAGACCAAGAGAAGAUCCCCGGUGUCUAUUCGGCAUGAGGAUCGAGGAGGUUAAAAGCACCACUAAGACCCAGCGGAUUGCAGCUCAUAGUCAUGUAAAAGGUCUCGGCCUUGAUGAAAAUGGCACACCAUUACCAAAUGCAGCAGGACUUGUUGGUCAGGAAAGUGCGCGCGAGGCCGCUGGAAUUAUUGUAGAAAUGAUUAGAUCAAAAAAGAUGGCAGGAAGAGCUGUAUUGAUGGCCGGCCCUCCAGGAACAGGAAAAACUGCCAUCGCACUUGCGAUCGCCCAAGAGCUGGGAAGCAAGGUGCCUUUCUGCCCUAUGGUUGGGAGUGAAGUAUAUUCUACAGAAAUCAAGAAGACAGAAGUGCUUAUGGAAAACUUUCGGAGAGCUAUUGGUGUGUCUCGCAUUUUAGGUGGGCUAAGAAUAAAAGAAAUAAAGGAAGUGUAUGAAGGAGAAGUUACUGAAUUGACUCCGAUCGAAACUGAAAAUCCGACAGGAGGCGUUGGAAAAACUAUUUCUCAUGUUAUUAUAAGCUUAAGAACCUUUAAGGGAGUUAAGCAACUUAAACUUGAUCCUUGUAUCUACGAGAGUCUUCACAAAGAAAGAGUAGAAGUCGGGGAUGUUAUAUACAUUGAAGCUAAUUCAGGAGCGGUCAAGCGACAGGGACGUUGUGAUGUCUAUGCUGCAGAGUAUGAUCUAGAGGCAGAUGAAUACGUUCCACUUCCGAAAGGAGAAGUCCACAAAAAAAAGGAAGUUAUCCAGGAUGUUACGUUGCAUGAUCUUGAUGUUGCUAAUGCAAGGCCCCAAGGCGGCCAGGAUAUUGUGUCAAUGAUGGGUCAAUUAAUGAAACCUAAAAAAACAGAAAUAACGGGUAAGUACAGCUAUGAAAAAUUCCCAAUUUUUGCUGGUGUUUAA